AUGAGAAGUGGCUUAAUAUGCACUUUGUUUGCAGCUACGGGUGUGCUUUGUAUGCCCAAUAGCGACAAUGACCUGAAAGAUUAUACUUGCGACCAUUCGGGCUACCAAAUCAAUUUAUUCUCUCACUCCCCUUUGGUCAUAUAUAUUACGAACUUUUUGACUUCAUUCGAACAAGAACACCUGAAGAAAAUCACAAAUGGGACAUUCGCUCGUUCCCAGGUUGCUUCGAGCGGAGGCGACAUUUUAUCGUCCCACCGCACCUCACAGUCGACUACCGUUGUACCUGAUGCAGUGACCGAAUGCAUCCAGGAGCGUGCACGGCGGUUUCAAGGUCUCGACAUGGCACCCACUCACCUCGAGCCGAUCCAGCUAGUUAAAUAUGGACUGGGAGAGCAGUAUCAUUUUCAUACGGAUUGGUUCCCAGCGGACUCAGGAGAACAUGGCUCUGUUGCAAAGGGAGGUAAUCGUGUAAGCAGCUUUUUCACGUACGUUGCCGUCAGCGACGACAUUGCCGGCGGCGGAACGAACUUCCCAAGACUUCAGGCUCCACCGGGGAAAGGAUGGUGCAAAUAUGUAGAUUGCGACGAGCCUUGGGAUGCGGGUGUCACGUUUCGCCCUAUAAAGGGGAAUGCCGUGUUUUGGACAAACUUGGUCGAAGCAGGGGAGGGGGAUGAGCGAGUGUUACACGCAGGCCUGCCGGUUGUGAGGGGAGAGAAGCUGGGGAUGAAUAUCUGGACAAAACAGGGGCCAUUCAACUAA